AUGCUUGCUGUUAAAGAUGUCACGGAUAUUGUGGAUUUAGAAAGUCUUUUUUCCGCAAAAUUUUUACAAUCUAAAAAUCUAAAACCAGUCAGACCAGUAUUCAGAACUGAAAGAUUUCAAUCAUGUAUUUGGAAAUUAUGCGAAAUGUCAAGAAGUGUGUCAUGUCAUAAAGGUCUCCUAUUUACAUCUCUUCUUUGUAAAAUAUAUUGA